GUAAUGAUUUUCAGGAAACCAUUACUUCCUUGUGCAGAGAGAUCAAGGAAUCAAGAUGGAAGAAUUCAUUUGAAAACCUUGACCUAAAGCCUGACAUAAUGAAAAUUGAUGACCUUGUUAUCAACACAGAAAUGAAGAUUGCGAAUGGAUGCAAUGCUGCUGAGAUUUUCCCAGGACUCUUUCACAACUGCAAAGUUGCAGUGAAACGAGUUGCCAAACAUAUUUCCAAAAAUGAAAUGGAAAUGGCUAAUUUCCUGUGUUCAGAAAAUUUUAAAGCAGAACAUCUUUUGAAACCCAUUGCGGUGUUGGAGACACAUACUUUGCCUAUUUUGUCUCUCCUCUUUGUGAAUACAGUCUAAUGGAGCUGAUUGAAAACAAAGAUUUUCCCGAGAGAAAAGGGCUGACAAAGCAUCGAAGACUGGAGAUCUGCCAGGAGUUAUUGCACGGACUUCAGGAACUGCAUUCACAUGGAAUUUUGCACAGAAACCUGAAGCCUGAAAACAUUUUGUUCGAUAUCAACAAUAAACUGUACAUAGCAGACUUUGGAACAAGCAUAAAACUGGAUCUGGCACAAAUCACAUUGCGCUCACAAAUAGCUGGAUCUCUUUCUUGGUCAAGUUAUGAAGAUGUUGGGGGCAUGCAAUACAAAUACAAGAGAGAAUCAGAUAUCCAGGUAGCAGGAUGCUUGGUCCAUUACAUCCUGACGGAUGGGCAACACCCUUAUCAGACAACUACACCCUACGCCAAGGAUCCAAUUGGUCUAUCUCUAAAUGUCAGAAUGAGUAACUUCACUCUUCAAUGUGAUGAAAGACAAAAAAAAUUCUUAAGCAGAAUGCUGUGCAAAUCAACGGAAGAGCGUCCUACUAUUGAGGAAUGCCUUCAGGCAGUCAAAAGUUUCGAUCACCAGUCUGACCAAAUUGGAACCACAAAGAGCUACAGCAAUAAGAAUGGAAAUAAAGACAGAGCCCAUAUAGAUAAUUGCUUUUCUCAAGCACAAGAUGAGAUGGACAUCCCAGAGAAUCUUUGCAGUGAUGUGACAGAUUCAUAUUCCCACACUGAAGAGGAAUUAUCUGAGUGUGAAAUGAACAACACAGAACAACAGGUAUACCUUUUGCUGGAAAUGUCAGAGGAAGAAGAAGACAAAGAAGAAGAAGAAAAGGAAAGCAAAACAAAACAAGCACAAGAGAAGGUAGCCAUCCAAGGAAAACCGCUUACAAAGGCUAGGAUGGGAAUGGAUGAAUGUGCCCACGGUUGUGCAUCUCAACAACAAAAUAUGAUCAAAGUGAAAGUAUCCUCAAACACGCCAUAUCAACGCAUCUAUGACAAAAAGAAUUUCUGUCUUUACUGUCAGAAGCCUUAUGCAAAAAUCACAAGACAUCUGAUACAGAAACAUUCCAGAGAGGAUGAAGUUGCAAAGGCACUGUCAUGUAAGCAAGGCUCAACCAUGCGUAAUCUUUUUUUAACAAAAGUAAGGAACAUGGGAAACUACCAUCAUAAUAGUUCAGUCCUAUCCUCUGGAAAAGGGGAGAUCAUUCCAAAAAGACAAGCAACAUAUGUGUCAACAGCAACUGACUAUCUGCCUUGCAAGUUUUGCUUUGCUAUGUAUACUAAAACAAGCCUCUGGAGACAUCAUAAGCGUUGCAAAUUACAAGUAAAGAUUUUCUAG